CAGCAGAGUGUGGUAAACAACAAACCUCGAGGUAGAAAGGCACACAGGACUCAUGUCAUCUGCGUCGCCUCUACAAAUUGCUGCUUCUAUCGCAGCAGCUAAAGUGAGAUCAAGAAUAUCACGCACAUCCCACAGUCGUUACCCCUGGCUUUUUAUAUCCCCCGAGAGCAAAGAUGAUGUCAGAUCAGUUGUUCAGACGUGGCUCUCAGAUAAGGGCGUCCUAGAGCAAGUUUCUCGCGAAAUAAAUACUACCUCCAGCGCCGAUCUAUCGCACCGAGUUGAAGAAUUUUACCCGAUCGUUUGGACUGGACGACCGGGCAUAUUGAAGACACCUUUUCCGGGAAAAACUUUGGUUAUUGUUGGGUUGGAAUAUGUGAACAGCGAUAACGGGCUUCCGCAUUUGAGCAAAACUGAAUUAUUCGCAGGAGAUUUUAUCCUGGUAUCUGGAGACCAGGAUUUACAAUUUAGCAAUAAAGGUGGAGGUACUUCAUUAUUUAUCAUCCUGAAGAAUGAAGGACAGUGAUAUGCAAUGG